GUAGAAAGCAUCCAAAAUAUUUAAAUAAAUUGCAUUCUAUUAUUAACAGUGUGAUUAAUCGUGAUUAAUUUUUUUAAUAACUUGACAGCCCUACUUAAUGUUCUUGUAAAGUUCAAAGUCAGAGUCAAUAAACAUGCAUUUUUAGCUCUAGAUGUGGCCCAAUCUAUACUGGUCAUUUAAUUUAACCUGGGGAGGAACACCAUUCAUCCAGUUUCUGCAUUUCCCAUAGUUUAGCUGAAGUUAUCACAGGGUCCUAGCUAGUCUGCAUGUGAAAACCGAUUGGCUUUUGAAGAUGCAACACCAUGUUGGAUGUACAGCAGAAAUUUUACAUCUAUUGGUCUUUGACAAAAAAAAAAAAAAUGAAGGUUUUAAAGAAAAGGGAACAAGAGCCGGUAAAAGGUUUUGCUGGAAAAGACUACAGCAGAGCAACCACGUGGAACAUUGCAGUUUUGGAUUGGGCACCUCUUACGAAUUAUGACAAUUAAGAACUUUGGACUCAAAUAUUCUUCAGGAUUAUAGUGAACUGGGGAUUCAGUCAGAGAAAUUUUGACAUUGAAUUCCUAAGAUCAUAUGAUUAAACAUACCAUGCUGGCUCAUGAGCAUCUUUUUCUGGAUUAGCAACAGCUGCAGCUACUGAUUUCUCUGGCAAAUAUCACCUGAUUUGUGCAACAGUAGUAAUCAUAUGAAUGCAUACCAAGUUCAUAUUUAUCAGAAAUUAAAAUCUUGAAAUUUGAAGAGAUGCUUUUAAGGAAAAGAAAUCUCCAGUCCUGUGCAGUGUAGUCAUUGCCAGGGCAUGUUUUAUUAGUUAAAAUGAUUUAAUUAGUUAGUUUAAAAGACCCAGUCAGUAUAAUAAGUAAUCGAGAAUUCGCAUGUAUUGAUUAUUUCUUGCUAGAAGAGUUCCAGUCAGUGAUUCAUUGUUUUGACACCUCGUAAUAAGGGGAACUAAUAUAAUUUUCCCCUUACCUAAUACUCUUAAUGCCACUACACAAAGAUCACAAUUUGAAUCAAGAAAAUCUAAAUAUUUAAUCAGUAGCUGUUUUAUUUGUCUCCUGUUUUUGACCGUACUAGAUGACCUCCUGAGGUCUCUUCCAUCCCUAAUCUUCUGAUUCUAUGAAUAGUGCACCACUAAUUUCUAGUUUUGUUACAUUGAUUGGUGGGGAAGUAUAUUACAAAUUAGUUAAACUUUAAAAAAAUCAGUUUGACAUACAUAUUAAAUUGAGAGAUGUACAGUCUCCUUCAAUAUUGCAGUAACCUUCCUGACUCUCGGUGUUUGACAUUUCAGAACCACUCAUGAGUUCUUGUUUGGUGCCCUUGCUGAGCUUGUAGAUAAUGCCAGAAAGACGAGAGGACCUGAGAGGUGGCUUCAUGCUGUGUUUUUUGGAUGAUGGAGCAGGAAUGGAUUCAAGUGAUGCCGCAAGUGUGAUUCAGUUUGGUAAAUCGUCCAAACGAUCACCAGAGUCUACUCAAAUUGGGCAGUAUGGGAACGGCUUGAAAUCGGGUUCCAUGCGGAUUGGGAAGGAUUUUAUCCUGUUCACUAAGAAAGACACCACCAUGACCUGCCUCUUCCUGUCACGCACAUUUCACGAGGAAGAAGGCAUCGAUGAGGUGAUUGUCCCGCUGCCCACCUGGAACACACGUACCCAGGAGCCCAUAACCGACAACAUGGAGAAAUUUUCUAUUGAGACUGAGCUCAUUUAUAAGUAUUCCCCCUUCAAGUCGGAACAAGAGGUGAUGGAGCAGUUUAAGAAGAUCCCUGGGGAGAAGGGGACCUUGGUGAUUAUCUUUAAUCUCAAACUGAUGGAUAAUGGGGAGCCAGAGCUGGAUGUGACCUCAGACCCCCGAGAUAUCCAGAUGGCAGAAACAUCCCCUGAAGGAACGAAGCCAGAGCGUCGCUCCUUCCGUGCCUAUGCUGCUGUCCUUUAUAUUGAUCCCAGAAUGAGGAUCUUCAUCCAUGGACACAAAGUACAAACCAAGCGACUUUCCUGCUGCCUCUACAAGCCCAGGAUGUAUAAAUACACUUCAAACCGCUUCAAGACCCGUGCGGAGCAGGAAGUGAAGAAAGCAGAGCACAUGGCUCGAAUAGCGGAGGAGAAGGCUCGAGAGGCAGAGAGUAAAGCCCGUGCACUAGAACUUCGCCUGGGUGGGGAUCUCACACGAGACUCCAGGGUGACUCUACGGCAAGUCCAGAACACAGCCAUAACCAUGCGUAGAGAGGCUGAUGUCAAGCGGCGGAUCAAGGAGGCAAAGCAGCGGGCACUGAAGGAGCCUAAAGAGUUGAACUUCAUCUUCGGGGUGAAUAUCGAACAGCGGGAUUUGGAUGGCAUGUUCAUCUAUAACUGCAGUCGGCUGAUUAAGAUGUAUGAGAAGGUUGGCCCACAGCUGGAGGGUGGCAUGGCAUGUGGUGGAGUGGUAGGAGUGGUGGACAUACCCUACUUGGUUCUGGAGCCCACCCACAAUAAACAGGACUUCGCAGAUGCUAAAGAGUAUCGACACUUGCUGAGAGCGAUGGGGGACCACUUGGCUCAGUACUGGAAGGAUGUUGCUAUUGCCCAGAGAGGUAUAAUCAAGUUUUGGGAUGAAUUUGGCUAUUUAUCAGCAAACUGGAACCAGCCUCCCUCCAGUGACCUGCGCUACAAACGCCGACGAGCCAUGGAGAUCCCCACCACAAUUCAGUGCGAUAUGUGUUUGAAAUGGCGGACCCUCCCAUUCCAGCUGAGCUCCGUGGAGAAGGAAUACCCGGAUACUUGGGUGUGCUCCAUGAACCCUGACCCUGAGCAGGAUAGGUGUGAAGCUUCAGAGCAGAAGCAGAAGGUACCGCUGGGAACACUGAAAAAGGACUUCAGAUCACAAGAGGAGAAGCAGAAGCAGCUGACGGAGAAAAUUCGCCAGCAGCAGGAGAAACUGGAGGCUCUGCAGAAAUCGACUCCAAUCCGGUCCCAAGCUGACCUGAAGAAAUUACCUCUGGAAGUGACCACGCGGCCUAUCAUGGAGGACUCCCAAUCACUGAGCAGACCUCAACGCCCGCGAUCUCCUCCUUUACCCGAUGUAAUUAAAAAUGCUCCCAGCAGGCCGCCACCUCCCCCCAAGUCCAUCAGCCAACUGCGAAAGGCCCCCCUGGCUCGGCCAGCCAUCAGCACCCCCAAACUGGCAAGUGUGCUGUCUAGGGAGGAAGCUAGUACUUCCAGGACACAGCAGCAUAUUGUGACUGCAGGAAAGUCCAACAGCACAGUUGUCAGGACUCCUGCCAAACCGAUCCAUGUUGGGAGGCCACCCCCCAUGCUUCUGCAGAACUCCAUGAGCCAGCGUGAGACUCCCAGCCCCAAAAUUAUAAAGACACCGGUGCUGAAAAAACCUGCAGCACUCAAACCUCCACAGCAGGCCUCCAGCAUCCGCAAGAGGACACUUAACACCAUGGAGGAUGGAGCUGAGGAGGAAGUGGAGCAGAAGAAGGAGAAAACGAAACGGGGCAAAUUUGUGGUAGUGAAAGAGGAGAAGAAGGACUCAAACGAGGUGGUGGUUGAGCUCACAGACAGUGCAGGGGAGGAGGAGCUAGCAGAUCUGAAAAGAGCCCAAAAAGACAAAGGGCUGCAUGUGGAGGUACGAGUGAACAAGGAAUGGUUCACAGGCCGUGUCACAGCUGUGGAGAUGGGCAAGCAUGCCAUACGCUGGAAGGUGAAAUUCGAUUACGUACCUACAGACACCACACCAAGAGAUCGUUGGGUAGAGAAGGGCAGUGAGGAUGUACGGUUGAUGAAGCCUCCCUCUCCAGAGUAUCAGAGUCCAGACACACAGCAGGAAGAGGAAGUUGCAGCUGAGCCUUCUACCUCAGAUUGUGCCCGAAUUGAGCCAGACACCACUGGUCCCAGCAGCAACCAGGAGACUGUGGAUUUGCUAGUCCAGACACUCCGGAAUUGUUUGCGGUACUUCUUACCUCCGAAUUUUCCCAUCUCUAAGAAAGAGCUGAGUUCCAUGAGUUCAGAAGAAUUGAUGGCUUUUCCUCUGAAAGAAUAUUUCAAACAGUACGAGAUGGGUCUACAGAACUUGUGCAAUUCCUAUCAGACUCGUGCUGACGCCCGGGCCAAAGCCUGUGAGGAAAACCUCCGCAGCUCAGAGAGAAAACUUAAGGAGACAGAGGAGAAACUGCAGAAGCUGAGGACUAAUAUUGUGGCACUUCUGCAGAAAGUGCAGGAGUGCAGUAAAAGUACAAGAACCUUUUUCCUUCGGGGUAUGCUGGUAAUCUAUGCCCAGUUCUUGGCACCAGAACAUCCUCUGCAGCACCUUGUACCUGAUAUCUCUUCAGAUAAAGAAGGGAAAAAUCUAGCAACAACUUAAUGGAAACACCUACUCUGAGACCUUGAGUGACUGAGUAGAAUCUGGAUUGGGCUUGGCUCCUCAGGGCUAUGGUAACUGGGCCAUAGGAGGCUCAGGUUCAGGGUUUCUAACUACGCAAGGGGAUCAGUGCACCUAUUCCUCAGUGAUGGGAUGGGGUGUGAACCUUCAGGAUGCUGUAGCUGAGCAUGGAUGUGGGGUCUUCAGAGCCCUCAUUACACAGCCAUAGGAUCAAACAGGGAGUGGGGCUCUGUUAGCAGGCCUAGGAAGCUUAGACCCACCGAUGCUUUAAUUGGGGGGUGGGAGAGGGGAAGAGGCUCUCAGUGCUGGGACUGAGCCUGCUGGGGUUCUGGUACCUUGUGAUUUCUCAGGGCAGGGAGGUGCAAGGGUUAGAGUGCAAGGUUUCUACCGCUUCUACAGCCCCAUAUUGCACAUUCUUCACCACUGCUGCCAUUGUUUGAGGUGUGAGGGGCAGAUGGACUCCCUGACUAGCUCAAAAUAAAACUGACCCUGUGUUCUAA